AUUCGCACGUUUCACACCGGCUCUCGUCCGUACGUACAGCGAGAAAGCAUGAGAAAUCCGUAGAAAUGAAUGGGUGCAAAUUCUGUGUAUGUUGACAUUAUUGUAGCCGUAACAUCGUCAUGAUUUCUGUAGACUAACACAUGUUAAAAAACUAAUUUAAAAACCUCAGGAUUCAGAGAUGGAGUGCGACAUUCUGGACUCGUUAGAGCAGCUUGGCUAUACCGGUCCUCUGCUGGAGGAGAAGCCGCUGCUCGGAGCCGCAGAGCGAGGCCUGUCCUCCCCGGACUAUGUGGACCUGUGCAGGUGGCUGGCGUCCAGGUUACAGCCGCUGUGUGGUCUGGAGGAGAGCAUCACGUCCGGUCCAGAGGACGUGGACAGCCUCCAGGUGGAGCUGAGUGGUCUGCUGAAGGAGCUGCACUGUCCUUAUCAAGACGUUGUUUCAGGGAUUCUCAAGGGCAGCGUGCAAAAUCCAAAAGAUCAUCUCAAGUGUGUCUUGUUUCUGAGCUCUGAGCUCCAGGCGGCUCAGAUCGUGAGGAGCAGAGUCUCUCAUAAACAGCAAGAAGAGAGUCCGCUGUGUCAGGAGCUGCUGGUGAUCUGUGAAACUCUGAAGCUGCCAGAGCCCCGAGGAGAGGACGCAGCAGGAGUCCUCUCUCAGGUCCAAGACAAGGUUAAUACAGUACUUAAAGAUCUUCCAAAUGGCUCCACUGGGAACCCAGCGCUGAAGAAGUCUCUGAGCAGUGAACAGUGGGAGAAGUUGCACAACAUAAACUCAACUCUGUCGUCAGAGUACGAGUGUCGGCGCAGGAUGCUGAUCAAACGUCUGGACGUCACCGUUCAGUCGUUCGGCUGGUCAGACAGAGCCAAGGUAAAGGUGGACAGCAUGGCGAGGGCCUACCAGCCGAAGAGACACUCUCUGAGGCCGCAGUCCACGUUGGACAUGUCCCAGCUGCUGGCUGCCAGAGAAGACAUCUGCAACGUGGUGAAGACCAGCAGCGGCUCCAGCAGGGAGAAGACGGUCUGCGCUGUCAACAAGAUCCUGAUGGGGAGAGUCCCGGACAGAGGAGGACGUCCCUCUGAGAUACAAGCUCCGCCUCCUGAGAUGCCGCCAUGGCAAAAAAGACAAGAUGGAGGAGGACGUGGUGGUGGAAGAGGAGGAGGAGGAGGUAGCUGGGGAGGUGGAGGUGGUGGUGGUUGGGGAGGAGGAGGAGGAGGAGGAGGAGGAGGAGGAGGAAGAGGAGGAGGAGGAGGUUGGAGAGGAGGUGGAUGGAACCAAGGAGGACAUGGUGGACAUGGAGGAAAGAGAGGACGCUACCAGUAUUAAUUCUGCAUCUGGAUGGAAACUUUUUAUCUGAUGCCAGUGACACAAUCUUCCUCAUUUAGGAGGAUUUAUAAUGCUCCUAUUUUUUUAAUUAUUAUUUUAUUAGUGUUUCAUUUUACUUUUUUAUCAUUCACAGUGUUUUUACUGUAUGUUUUUGUAGAAGAACAAAUGAUUUAACAUCUGCAUCGGGCCGUAACACUGUAACUGUGUCCCAAGUCCAUAUUUCAUACUGAUUCUUAGGAGGUUUCUUAUUGUUAUCACACUGUAAAAGUGAAAAAAGAAAAGUAAUGUUGUCAGUAUGGAUGGUAAAAAGCAAGAUCUCUGAGCUUUAACUGGUCAUAACUGAAACAAACAUAACAAACAAUGGAUGGUAGUUAAAGAGGCAAUAAACAAGCUUUCUGCUUUAACUGAUCUUUGUGAAGUAAAGGUGGAUUGAACAAUGUAAUAGGUAUAAAAUCUGAGUUUAGAUUGAUUACCCAUAAUCCUCUGGAGAAGUGUAUCAACUGUUGCAUGACCAAAUCAUGCAGGAGAUGGUGCUUUUUGUUUUUCCCAGAAGCUAUUGGUAGUUAUCUCCAGGUAGCAAACAAACAAACAACAACAACAACAGAAUUACUGUGGAAACCACCUGGCAAAAAGAAAACAAGCCCAGUGUACUGAGGACGUAAACACACUGUGUGUUGUGUUGUUUUUUGUUGCUCGGCUCUGAGACAAACAAAGCGAUUACAUUAGAAGUGCAACAAUGCUACCAAUAGGAAAUGCUUGGAAGGGUUGAAAAAUGAUUUGUGUCAACUUUAAACGGCUACUGGAACAACUCAGACAAACAAAAAAUACUAUUUAAAUCAUAAGAAACCCAAAAGGUAACUGUAGAUAUUGUAAAAUCAGUAUGUUGUAUGGGUCUGUGUAUCUUUUGGUCAUUGGAAUUGCCGUUCACAAAAGGAUAUUUGAAAAACAAAAUAAGAGUUAUUUGAUUUUUGAUUCAAAAUACAAACACUAAAAAUAAAAAUACAAGGUUUUUUACUUCAUCCGGAUCAGAAAGGGAUCGACAGACAGAUAAAGAUGGAUUUGAUAUUAAUUUUCUAGUUAUAAUAACAAAAAUUCAAAUAAAAAAAAUUCAUAUUCUGCGAACGGAAGUUGUCAUUUACAAAAUAAAAGCGCGAAUGGUGGAUAAACAAAGUUUAUUCCUCUUUUUUAAAUCUUAGACAACGAGAAAACAAAGAUUCAUAUUUUAUUUAUGUGACUGAGUGAAAAAGCACGUCACUCAAAACGUAAGUUUAUUUGAUUAUCUAAGUCGUAUAAUGAAAACUGAAAAAGGAAGUCCAGAGUCGGGAACAGGGAUCGCUCCCCUUCAAAGUAAGAGUCUCAGGGUCUAAAGCGUGCUGGCUACUUGGCCAUGUUUUGAUUUGUUAUCAUAACUAGAAAACAAAAAUAAAAUCAUGUUUUAAAUAUAGCCUAUCCCCCUCUGACCCUGAUGAAUCAAAAAGCCUUGUAUUUAAAUUUUAAUGUUUGUAUUAAAAAAACAAAAAUCAAACUACCACUCAGUUGUUUUUUAAUAUCCUUUUGUGAACCGAAAAUCCAAAUGACUAAAAGAUACACAGAGCUGUAUGGACUUGGGACACAGGUUGCAUUUCCAACAGGGUUCCGGUAUCGGAGGGAAACUAACAGAGCAGACAAUCAAAUGAACAACGACACUACAUGUUUUUCCUCAGCAUAUUAUAAACAUUUAGUCUUUUAAAGCUUGUGUAACUGGAGUGUAUUUGAGGGUAGACUCUGUCUGUGUUUACCCUGAAGACUGAAUCUACUGUAAGAAGCUCUGGCCUCAUUCUCAUCCUAGAAGAUUCUGUACCAGCUGUGAUCUUUUGUCACCUCUGAAUUUAUUUAAUAAAGAUCUCUGCCAAUAA